UUAUGGCAGUUUCAAAGGAACAAGUGAUUUUUCAUGUGAUUUUUCAUAUUUUUUUCGUAUUCUAAUACAGCUUUAUACGAGAUCUAAACGACUUUAAGAAGUAUUGGGAGUAAGAACUCAGUUUCCAAAGCAAAGAAUGUCAAUCAACUGAAGCACCAAAAGAUAAAUUCAUUCAACUGUGACUUUAUAAAAUUUGUCUCCAUUGYUUGAUCACCUGGGCGUUUUUUUCUCUUCCACAUUUGAUACAUGACAGAAGACAAGCAGGACAAGCAGUACAUUGUAAAGCCUUCAUUCAGGAUGCCUCCAGAGAUACUGGGAUCACUGCAGAAGUCAUCCUCUCURCUGUCAGUCUUAUUUUUCUACGCUGGAGCAGGCAUUGGUAUCUACCAGCGAUGGAAAUACCAUUCAGCAGACUUAAGCUACCUCAUGCUCAUCAUCGUACUCGCACUUUCCAUAUUUGUAUCACUGGUUACGUAUCUCUAUGGUUACAAGGAUUUUAGCAGAGGGUUUUCGCAGUUCUGGAUUGGAGUGGUCUUUAGUGUAUUAUCAUUCACAGAAAUUGCUUACGACCAUUUGAUGGUAUCUUUGGAAGACCUKGACUUAACAGAUAUAUUGGUGUUAGCUAGUGUUGGGAUAUAUUGCUUCCGAGUUCUGAUGGAAAGAAUUUGCAACUUGAUUUCAUACGAAGCUUCAUGCAUCACAAGUGAAGAGUUCCUUCUGCUGUUUGGGUUUGUUGUUGGGUCAACUGGUACUGCUCAGUUUGGAUCUAUCCUCGUGAUAUCAUUGGGUCUUGUAGUCCAUCUUGUUGCCUUCAACCUCAAGUCAAGCUUCUGCUUACUUUCCAGCAUCGUAUUUUGUGCCAUUUCAGGAAUAUAUUUCUUCAAAGCUGCAAAACAAAAAUGCAACCCCUUUUGCAUUUCAGCUUUUGCAAUCCAAGUGACAUUUUCAGCUAUGCUAGACCUUUAUUUUUCAAAACUUUCACUGCUGGAAUCCUGGAAGAAAAUAAUUAUGCAAUCAAARUGCUACCAUCGCUUGGAAAUUUUGGCAAAUGUAAUUCUUCAAGGAGCAUACUUUGUCUUCUGCUUUCAAGGGACAAUGGUAGAAAGUGUGACAAUUUACAGACUUCCUUUAUUUGUCUUAUGUUCCGUCCCUUGGAUUGUAUUUCACUUUAUGUUUUUCAUAACAUCCUGGGGUUUUGUUUCCAAGAUUGAAGAAUGUGCGCUGGUCUUAAGGGUGCAAGGAGAAAUAAGCGACAACAACAUUUCUGAAAUAAUGGCCUCUAAGGGAAUCAGGCAUUUCUGUUUGGUUUCACAGAUUGUUUCGUUCUACACCAUCUUGUCAACGUGUCUUCUUGCUGCAAGUGCAUGGCAGGACAACAAUCCAAUGUUUAUAGGCUUCUUCCUAAUUGUCUUGCCCACGGAGUCCAUCAUGUUUGAUAUAAUUUCAAAACUUGGCAAAAUGGUUGGGGGAACAGCUACUGGUUAUGCUCUUAUUGCACCAGCGCACAAGUACAGCCCAACGGGAGAUGUUACUAUUCUGCCGCAAGAUGGAUUCCAAGCUAUUAAUAACACAGCCAUGGAGUUGAUUAACAUUGUGUCUAGGUUCUUUGCCACACACAUGAUCCACAACUUUGGAACUGAUUUUUCAUCUAGUGGUAUUUCUGCUGAAUAUGUAGAAAGCAAAAUCCAAACAUUUUUUGAGCAAAAAAUUCUUCCAGGUUUGAGUUAUGACACCUACRUUUUGUAUUACAGUGGGCAUGUUCAAGAUAAUGGAAACUUUGCUUUAACAGAUGGAAAAACUCUAGAAUUCAGUACUAUUUUAAAAUGGUGGAGAGAURAGAACUCCAAAACUGGUUCACGAUUAAUACUCUUCCUUGACACAGCACAUUCUGAUAAAUGGCUUGAAGGUCUUUGGGGUAUAACGCCAGACUUUAUUGCUAUUCAAACUGGAAAACUGCAAGUCAUUUAUGAUCCUGAAAAAGGAAACAGUUAUCCCUUGGGAGAAUUGACRAAAAUGUUACUUGAGUUCGAUUCAGAGGAUUCAAAACCAGCAACAAGAAAGCAUGAUAAAGUUAAACCCACUUAUGGGGUGACAAGGAACUGGUGUUGCUUCAAAUUUCAUAAACCAACAGUUGAAGACAUUGCUCGGCACAUUGAGGAUCAUUUUCCUCGCUUUAUGAAACCAGUCACUAAACUAUUYACUCAUUUGCCAUGCAAUACUAACAUAACAGGAGUGUUUGAUUGGCUAUUUGAUAAUUGUCGUAGGCUUAAAAUGAAAUGGUUUCUUCCAAAUGUUUUUGAUACUGGACAUGGAUUCAAGCUAGUGAGGAGUUAGGUUGUCAAUUAGACACACGCAUCCAGACCUAAGAAACUGGAUGAUACCGAGAUAAUUGAGUAUUUGACACUUCAGUKUACUGUAGUUUCAAACAAUUAUUUAAAUUUGAAAUUUGCAGCCUCGAUUGAAUGCUUUGUUUGACCACUGAACCAGUGUAUGGAAAGAAAAACAUGGCGGCCAUUGUGGUGCCUUUAACAAUGAAUGCUAAUGAGAAUUCUUUUGUUAAAUGGCACCAACAUGGCCGCGAUGAUGUAAUGCACAAUCAAAGAAUAGUUAACUCUGAUUUUUGUACAUUGGUAGAUUKGAAAUUUGUUUUCAAAAUCAUAAAGUUUAAACUAAAAUUGUUUAAAAGGAAACAUUAUGUUAGACAUAAUUCAAAUGACAUCAGUAAUAGUUUUAUUAACUUGUGCAUAAAGAAAAAAGGUAACAGUGACAUUAAUGGAGUCAUGAUUUAGUCAACCAAGAACAAGAUAAAUAUAACAAACAUUUAGUAUYAUACAGUACAUGCAUCUGGUCAACAUAAAAACCAAAAUAAAUUGUGCAAUUAUAUUUUAAGAUACAGUUAUAAUAACAAUAACAUCUUUUAAAUAUUUAYGUUGCACUGUCAUAAAUAAGGCUUCAUUACACACGUAAGCCAUUGUCAUUACUUUGCCAACCAGAGAUCCAUUUGCUGAUAAAACCAAGCAACUUGGCAAUAACUAUUGUGAUAAUGGUUGGCAAAUUAAAAUUACAAUGGUAAUGUUUGUAAACACCAACUUGUGUUAUGUUAAAUUAGUGUUGUAUACCAUGUAAAAAAAAAUUGCAAAUAAAAAAAUGUACAUAAUGAAA